UCUUUAUAUCCACUCACCUGUCACCUGUCCUCAUUCUCCUAACCUCUCAGGUGUUCAGGUAAACAAGAACACUACAGAGGUCAUUCAGGUUCAAAAUAUUCUUUAUUAUUUAAAACGUUCUUUAUUAUUAUUGGGCUUUUCCAGAGCCGUAUAAUAGAAUAGUCUCUAUAUGGCGCUGGGCUUUUCCUCAGACGCGAUGCUCUUAUUUAGAAACCGGAUGUGGAUUGUGUUCACUUAUUUUGAAAGUCCUCCCCGGAUGUUGACAUCUCAUAGAUCUGGCUUGACGGACGGUCAGCUGUUUAGUUUAGUUUGUCAACAUGUUGAUAUAGCCGGAUAAUAACCGGGAACUAACCGGGAAAUAACCGGGAACUAACCGGGAAAUAACCGGGAACUAACCGGGUUAACGGAGAGGUUUUGCGGGAGAAUGGAGGCGUUCAGUAAGCUAGGUAGCAUGUUGCUGCACGCGCUGGAGACGAGGGAGCCCACAGUGGAUCUGCUCGAAUCGUUUUUGGAUCACUGGAAGUCGAUCACUAAUUAUUACAUCGAGACGACAGAUGACAGUCGUCCUGUCAAACAGACAGAGAUCCCGUGGCGUCUCAAACAGAUGCUGGACAUCCUGGUGUACGAGGAGAAACAACAGGACUCUGGAGCGUGUCUGCAGUAUCUGCUGCAGCACAAGCUGCUGGAGACUCUGGUGACGCUGGGGAAGGCUCAGUACCCCCCAGGUAUGGUGCAGCAGGUGUUGCUGUUCUUCUCUAAGCUGCUGUCUCAGGUCCAGAAGUCUCUGCUGCCUCUGGUCACCGUCUACAGACCUGUACAGCUGAUUCGCCUCUGCGCACUUCCUGGUUCCCUCACGGAGAAGGAGGAAGCUCAGUUCCUAUUGGUCGUCUGUUCCAGAGUCAAACAGGAUCCACACACGCUCAGAUACGUCUUAGAGAUUGUGGACCAAUCAGCAGCCAGGACAACAUCAUCUGUCCAAUCACAGAAUCACCAAGCCUCCAUUCACGCGACAGAACCCACCUUGCUUUCCAUCCAAUCAGAGGCCUCUCCCGGCAGCCCUGUCCAAUCAGAGGCCCCUCCCGGCAGCCCUGUCCAAUCAGAGGCCUCUCCCGGCAGCCCUGUCCAAUCAGAGGCCUCUCCCGGCAGCCCUGUCCAAUCAGAGGCCCCUCCCGGCAGCCCUGUCCAAUCAGAGGCCUCUCCCGGCAGCCCUGUCCAAUCAGAGGCCUCUCCCGGCAGCCCUGUCCAAUCAGAAUCUGGUUUGCUGUCGGCUCUGCUGCAGCUCACCAGGAGUCAGAGGGCCCCGGUGUGUGUGAAGGCCUAUGAGGCCCUGCUGCUGCUGGCUUCUCUCCAGGAGUCUGAGGGGGAGCUUCUCUCUCUCAGUGCCCAGCUAGGAGAGCUGAUGGUGGGCAGGAUGAAGCUGCUGCACUCCCUGCUGCCUCUGGAGGAACUGCAGCAUGAGGAGAUACUGAGCUGGCCUCACACACCCUGGAGCUCUCAGUUUUCCCGCUGCAGCUCUGAGUCUGCGGCCUCUGGUCACAUGACCAACUUCUUCUCCUGGCUGGACUUCCUGGAUCACCUGAUGAGAGAGGCUCCACAGGUGUUAGCGCUGAAGCUAGCUCAGUGUGUUCAUCGGUUCUGGUUGGUGGACGUUCUUCAGCCUCAGCUGCUGCACACGUGUGAGCAGGUGGUCCUGGUCUCCACCUCGCUCCUCUCUGCUGUCGUCCGAUUGGUCCAGUCCUCCUCUCUGCUGGAUCAGAUCGUUCACUUCCUGCUGAGGACGGACGCUCUGACUCACCUGCUGCUGCAGCGCUGCGACCACAUCUCUGACCAGAUCAGCAUGGCGUCCCUCUCUCUGGUGGAGGAGUUACUACAGAAGCCUCACAGGGACAUUCUGGACGUCCUGGUGCUGAACUACCUGCAGAACCGCAGUUACCUGUGCUCACCUGUAGGGGCAGCGGAGGAGAGACACCUGGAGAGCAGCGAGGCUAACGAGGACAGCGAUGAUCUGGAGGAGGACCCGUUCUUCUUCUCUGACAGUCAGCUCCUCCCCCCUCCACUCUCCUCCUCUCCCUCUGCAUCUCCCCCCUCUGGACUGGGAUCAUCUGCUGACGUCGUCAACAGUUUCCUGUGUCUGGUUCCUGUUCAGGUGAGGUCGGCUCAGCUGCUGCAGGAGGGAGGAUACGAGUCGUACGUCCACGACGCUCACACACUGGUGACAGACUGCGGGUCUCUCUCUCUCUCCUGGGAUUGGCCCCUCAGGCUCCGCCCCCCCUCAGGUGAGGACCAGUUCUUUGAAGGUCCUCUGCUGGGAGUCCUGUUCACCAGACUGGGAAGAGUCCUGGAGCAGCCCUAUGAGGUGAGUCUCCAGGUGACGGCUGUUCUGUCUCGCCUGUCGUCCUUCAGCCACCCCCUGCUGCAGGAGUACCUGAUGAACCCCUACAUUCACCUGUCUCACUGCUGCAGAUCGCUCUUCUCUGUCCUCAUCAGGUUGAUGGGGGAGUUGAUGCAGAGGAUCCAGCCGGUCUCUAACCUGACAGACAGACUGUUGGACACCAGGAGACACCUGCUGGGACUGACCCCCAACACAGGACUGGAGCACCUGACGCUGCUGAAAGGAAUCAUCGUCCUCGAGGAGUUCUGUAAGGAGCUCGCUGCCAUCGCCUUCGUCAAACUGCCUCUGGAGAGCAGAGACUCACCUGGGGACUCACCUGGACCUGCAGUGACUCACCUGGACCUGCAGUGACUCACCUGGACCUGCAGUGACUCACCUGGACCUGCAGUGACUCACCUGGACCUGCA